CCGUUCGUGUGUCGCUUCUCUCUGUAUUGGAAAAAGAAGCACCGUGCGGUUCGCAGCGAUGUCAGUCCAGGCUGUGGCAGUGAAAAUGGCCGAGGUCGAAUUAAAAGACGUGGCCGGUAAAGACUCUCUCCCCGCCAUAUCUCCACUGACACCCAAGGCAGAGGAGAAGAAGAGUGAAAAUAACUCAACUUCGUCACCAGCAGCAGCGGCCGCGGCGGGGGAUCCGAGCCCGGUGACCGCCGCUCCGAACCCCGUGAAGAUGCCGCAGGCGUCCGCGAUGAAGCGGCCGGACCAGCAACAGAACGGCGGCGAGGCGUUUGUCAACUGCGAUGGCACCGUGGCCGAGGCACCGCGAAUGAAAAAGAUCCAGUUCGCAGACCAGAAGCAGGAGUUCAACAAACGUCCCACCAAGAUCAGCCGCAGGUCUUUGUCUCGCUCCAUCUCACAGUCUUCUACAGACAGUUACAGCUCAGCCGCCUCGUACACGGACAGCUCCGAUGACGAGACAUCUCCCCGCGACAAGCAGCAGAAGAACUCCAAGGGCAAUGGAGACUUCUGCAUAAAGAACAUCAAACAAGCCGACUUCGGACGCAGGGAGAUCGAGAUCGCAGAGCAAGAGAUGCCUGCUCUCAUGGCUUUGAGGAAGAGAGCUCAGGGAGAGAAGCCAUUGGCUGGAGCAAAAAUUGUGGGUUGUACCCACAUCACUGCACAGACUGCUGUGCUGAUGGAGACCCUCUCUGCUCUGGGUGCUCAGUGCAGGUGGGCCGCCUGUAACAUCUACUCCACUCAAAACGAGGUAGCAGCCGCUCUGGCCGAGGGAGGUUUCUCAGUGUUUGCCUGGAAGGGCGAAUCAGAGGAUGACUUCUGGUGGUGUAUCGAUCGCUGUGUUAACGUGGAGGGUUGGCAGCCCAACAUGAUUUUAGAUGAUGGAGGGGAUUUGACCCACUGGAUUUAUAAGAAAUAUCCCAACAUGUUCAAAAAGAUCAAAGGCAUCGUAGAGGAGAGCGUGACUGGAGUUCACAGGCUAUACCAGCUGUCAAAAGCGGGCAAGUUGUGUGUUCCUGCGAUGAAUGUUAAUGAUUCAGUGACCAAGCAGAAAUUUGACAACCUGUACUGCUGCCGGGAGUCUAUCUUGGAUGGUCUAAAGAGGACCACAGAUGUGAUGUUCGGAGGGAAGCAGGUGGUGAUUUGUGGAUAUGGAGAGGUGGGAAAAGGCUGCUGUGCUGCUCUCAAAGCAAUGGGCUCCAUCGUCUACGUCACUGAGAUUGACCCCAUCUGUGCUCUACAGGCCUGCAUGGACGGCUUCAGGCUGGUAAAACUCACCGAAGUCAUCCGACAAGUCGACAUCGUCAUCACCUGCACAGGCAAUAAAAAUGUGGUUGUAAGAGAGUACAUGGACCGCAUGAAGAACGGCUGUAUCGUCUGCAACAUGGGCCACUCCAAUACCGAGAUAGACGUGGCCAGUCUGCGGACUCCUGAAUUGACCUGGGAGCGGGUGAGAUCGCAGGUGGACCAUGUGAUCUGGCCAGAUGGAAAGAGAAUAGUGUUGCUGGCGGAGGGUCGCCUCCUAAACCUGAGCUGCUCCACGGUUCCUACCUUUGUGCUGUCCAUCACGGCUACUACCCAGGCUCUGGCUCUGAUAGAGCUGUACAAUGCUCCUGAAGGCCGCUACAAACAGGACGUCUACCUGCUGCCUAAGAAAAUGGAUGAGUAUGUGGCCAGCCUUCAUCUCCCUACGUUUGAUGCACACUUGACUGAACUGUCUGACGAACAGGCCAAAUACCUUGGCCUGAACAAGAACGGACCCUUUAAGCCAAACUACUACAGGUACUAGAUCCAUUUACAGAUGGGAAACGAAGACUAAAGAAAUUACCAAGACUCCAUAAAUUCAUACUGACGAAGGCGAGACAGAGCUGUGUGUCACAGCCUGCCUUUGAAGGCGAGGGAGAAGUCCUGAUCUGAUUGGUUGAGGGUGAAGGGGGCGUGGCUAAUUAGCGCUAGGCAGUAUUUAUUUAUUUUACGCUAGAAUAACAUGGCUAACCUUUUAUGAGCUGCUACUGCCAGUGGUGCAACCUAGCGACGUUUUCAUGGAGAUUUCACCGUUUCAUCUUUUCUUAGCUUCAUGUGUUAGUUGUACGUAAUCCAUUUAGAGAACUUUUAUUGUUUAACUAUAAGUUCCGGUAAAGAGAAAAAAAAAAAAAAGAGAAAAA